CAAACAAAGAACUUUGGACACACUGUUCUCCCUUGUCGGAAAGAGAGAUUUCCUACACCAUGGAUCCAGGGAACAAGAAAGCUUUCUGCUUCUGUUUUCUUAUGGUACUUUCACCGUUUCUAGCCUUUGCAGUUUUUUUACAGGACAAAGAGGCGCAUAUUCUGUUGAAAAGCAGAAUAAGGAGAGCCAAUAGCAUUUUUGAGGAAUUUAAAGCAGGAUCACUGGAACGAGAAUGUAUUGAGGAGAUCUGUUCCUAUGAGGAGGCCAGGGAAAUCUUUCAGGAUGACAGACGCACGAAAGAAUAUUGGAAAGUAUACACAGAUGGAGAUCAGUGUCUCUCCAACCCAUGUAUAAAUGGAGGAACCUGCUUUGACCAGCACCAGUCAUAUAUCUGUACCUGUGCCAUGGGCUAUGAGGGGCGACACUGUGAAACAAAUUUGAGGGACAUGCUGAAAUGCAUUUAUGACAAUGGGCAGUGUGAACAUUUUUGCCAUGACAAUUCAUCUACAGGCCGUCAGUGCUCCUGUGCUGAAAGCUACAAACUGGGAGCUGAUGGUCUAUCAUGUGAGCCUGAAGUUGAUUAUCCUUGUGGAAAAGUUCCAGUACUGAAAAACCUAACUAAGCGUGGACGGAUUGUGGGAGGUGAUAUGUGUCCAAAAGGUGAAUGCCCCUGGCAGGCUCUGCUGAUGUAUGACAAAACAUUCAUUUGUGGUGGAACUUUAAUUGCCCCAGACUGGGUAAUCACUGCAGCUCACUGUUUAAAACCACUUCCAGAAAACAAGCUUACAGUUGUACUGGGAGAACAUAGAAUUGGCAGACCAGAAGGAACUGAACAAGAGAGGAAAGUUUCUAAAAUAAUAAUACAUGAGCAGUAUUUUGGGUCUAAAACAAACAACGACAAUGAUAUAGGUCUCCUUAAACUGACUAUACCAGUCAACUAUACAGACUAUGUGGUCCCUUUAUGUUUGCCUGAGAAACAGUUUGCUGUACGAGAGCUUUUAUCUGUUAGAUUCUCUACAGUCAGUGGCUGGGGACGCCUGCUUGAUAAAGGAGCCACCCCGGAAGUGCUGCAGAGGGUACAGCUGCCCCGGGUCAAAACACAGGACUGCAUCAAGCAGACCCAAAUGAAUAUUUCACAAAACAUGUUUUGUGCAGGAUUCACUGACGGCAGCAAGGACUCUUGCAAAGGAGACAGCGGGGGGCCUCAUGCCACGGAGUACAAGAAUACUCAUUUCCUUACCGGUAUUGUCAGCUGGGGCCUAGGAUGUGCUCAAAAAGAGAAAUAUGGUGUGUACACCAGGGUAUCCAGGUACACAGAGUGGAUAAAGGAGCACAUGGAUGAGCACACACUUGCUUAAAUAACUGUGACACAAAACAUUUUCCUAAGAAUUAAAUCCAUUAACUGACAUCAUUUGCACAACUAAAUCUCCUAUGAUCCUGCUUGACGUGAAAUUGCCAGGCAUACUGCCAUUAAUGCAAUCAUUUAUUGCGGUGCCUUUAUAAACAGGGUAGAACUUCUUGAUUUACAUGUGUAAAAUAACUUAACUAAUAACUGUUAAAUAAUCAGGUAUGCUGAGCAAUUUUUGAUAAAAAGUGCAAAUGUGCCAUUAUCUUUGGCCACAAUUAUAAUGGUGUUCAAAAACAUUUGCAGUUGGUUUUCAUCUUUUAUUAUUUGUGGUUUUUGAGUUAUUUAGCUUUUUGUUCAGCAGUUCUCCAGUUUGCAGUUUUGGCAAUUUGAUUGCUAGGGUCCAAAUGACCUGAACCACCAUGCAUUGAUUUUAAUAAAAGACUGGAAUAUGAAUAGGAGAGGCCUAAAUAGAAAGAUGAGCAAUUAAAAGUAACAAUACAUUUGUAGCCUGACAGAGAAUUUGUUUUUUACUUAGGGUCAGUGACUCCCAUUUGAAAACUGGUCAAGUCAAAUAAUUUGAAAACUAUAAAAGAGAAAAAAAGUAGACCAAUUAAAGAGUUGUUUAGAAUUAGCCAUUCUAUAACAAAGCAAACCACUCCUUUAAAAAAAAUGCUCCAUAAAAAAAUAAGAAAACCAUAAUGAAGGAAAAUACAUGGCUAGAAAUAUAUAUAUGAUAUAUUCACUGAAAUACAAAAGAGGAGUCAGUUGCUUUUAAUGCAGACAGAUGCGCAAGAGAACUAAGGGGUGCAAACGAUUGCUCCUUAGUGCUCAGUUAAAAAUUGCAUCUCCCUGUGCCAAGUGCAAACUUGCACAGGGGGGGAAUGGGGAUGUCUACAUGCUUCCCUCACCACCCCUCAUGAGUGUCAAACUCAGCAAAAGUAUAAGGCAAACUGCAGAAAACAUGGCAGAUUGCACCCUACAAUGCAAGUAAAUGAUAACCAAUAGUCUUCAUACCAAUACAAAAUGACUUUGUUAGAAUUAAGUAGAAGAGAAGUAAAGUUUAGGUUGGGUCUAAGUAUACAUAAAAAAAAUCCAUAUAAUCUCUGUGUGCCGUUAUCUAAAAGAAAACUGGUAAUAUUAAACAGUUUUGAGACUUA